UCUCCCCCUCACCCUCCAUUAAUUCUCUGCGAGAACCCAUUGAUCUUGUUCGUAGCUUUUUGCAAUGUCUCUUUAAAGUUUUAUUUAAAUUGUGGGGUUAUUUUCCUGUCUUAAUGAACAUGGGGGGUUUUAUCUUUUGUCUCCCAAACAACGGCAAUCUGAUUUCAACCUUUUAAUUUCUGUUUUGUGUGAGUGAGAUCUCGUUGAUAUGGGUCUCUCUGCCAUUAAAGUUGGAUUGAGCUUCUUUAUGUUGGUAAUUUGAUCUUGUUUGUGGGUCUGGUUUAAGCUUCGAAAUGUGUUGUUGAAGUACUGCUUGUAAGGUGUUUGAUAAAAAUCCUCAAAGAAAAAUGGGAUCUGGGAAGGGGUUUUUUUCCACUCGGGAGUUUGAUUUGGAAGCUAAAUGGUUGAUUGAUCCGAAGCUUCUUUUUGUUGGUCCGAAGAUCGGAGAAGGUGCACAUGCCAAAGUCUACGAGGGCAAAUAUAAAAACAACGUAGUUGCCAUUAAAAUUGUGAAUAAAGGCGAUACACCGGAGGAGAUAGCAAAGAUCGAAGGUCGGUUCAUGCGAGAAGUCGCGAUGUUGUCGAAAGUGCAACACAAGAAUCUAGUGAAGUUCAUGGGAGCUUGCAAGGAACCCGUCAUGGUGAUAGUAACCGAGCUUCUUACCGGUGGGACGUUAAGAAAAUUCUUGGUGAGCAUGCGGCCGAACGGCUUGGAUACACGUGUUGCUAUCGGGUUUGCACUUGAUAUCGCUCGUGCAAUGGAAUGUCUACAUUCACACGGGAUCAUUCACCGUGACUUAAAACCCGAAAACUUGCUGCUUACAGCCGACCACAAAUCCGUCAAACUUGCUGAUUUUGGUUUGGCAAGAGAAGAAUCGUUAACGGAGAUGAUGACUGCAGAAACUGGAACUUACCGUUGGAUGGCUCCGGAGCUUUACAGCACGGUAACUCUUCGGCACGGUGAAAAGAAACAUUAUAACCACAAAGUAGAUGCCUACAGCUUUGCAAUUGUUAUGUGGGAGCUCAUACACAACAAGUUACCAUUUGAGGGCAUGUCAAAUCUACAGGCUGCCUAUGCAGCUGCUUUCAAGAACGUAAGACCGAGUGCCGAUGAGCUCCCGAAGGACUUGGCUCUAAUUGUGACAUCAUGUUGGAAGGAGGAUCCGAAUUCUCGGCCAAACUUCACGCAAAUAAUACAAAUGCUUCUUCAUUACCUAUCAAACAACACGCCUUCGGGACCCACAGCGAUCCCACCUCGGAUCUUCACUUCCCAAAAUGCCAUAUUUUCACCCGAAUCUCCCGGUACUAGCACUUUAAUCAGACAACGGGAUGAGUCACAAGAAACACCGAAAACACCUAUGGAAAAUAGCCCCAGUGGUCUAUUCUCAUGCUUUUAUCGGUGUUGUUGAUAACAAAGAUACGAAAAAAGGUGUUCUAUAAUCAAAUCAGACGAACUUAGUAUAUUCCAGCUUGAGGUGGAUCUGGAGGGUACGAUGUAUACAUAUUUGACCUCUAUCCCAAAAAGUAAAGCCGGUAUUUUUAUGUUAGUGGAUUAGAUGAGUAGGGGUAGGGUUGAUGUGGUGUUAUAGGUGUAAAAAAUAAGGUCCAUCCAAAGGCCCUCUUAUACCCUUAAAGUUAUAAAUCUACUGAUCUUUU